AUGUUGGAGAUUGGCUAUUCCACCAACAUUGCUCCAUUGACCCUGGCUAGCAUCCUGUCCAUGGGUAAGAUGCUCAUCUCUCUCUCUGGAUGUGGCACACAGAUGUUCCUCUUUAUCCUUCUGGGAGGUUCUGACUGUGUCUUGCUUGCUGUCAUGGCCUAUGACAGGUAUGUGGCCAUCUGCCACCCACUGCAUUAUCACUUCAUCAUGACUUGGCAGCUCUGCGGGCUGAUGACCUUAGGUUCUUUGGGGAUGGGCUUCUUACUGUCCCUGCCGGUGACCCUGCUUAUCUGCCACCUUCCCUUCUGUGGCCACAAUGAGAUCUACCAUUUCUUCUGUGACAUGCCGGCGGUCAUGCGCCUGGCUUGUGCAGACACCCACGUGCAUGAGGCAGCUCUGUUUGCCAUCAGUGUGGCUGCUGUGGCCAUUCCCUUCCUCCUGAUCUGUCUCUCCUACGGCUGCAUUGUGGCUACCAUUUUGAGGAUGAAUUCGAUGGAGGGAAAGCGCCGGGCCUUCUCCACCUGUUCUUCUCACCUCCUCGUGGUUCUCCUGCAGUAUGGUGGUUGA